AUGGGCAAUGUGGCUUACAGGGUAGCUUUACCGCCAUCAUCGUUCGAGGUGCACAAUUUAUUUCAUGUGUCACAACUUCAAAAAUAUGUGUUCGACCCAUCGUAUGUGCUAAGCUAUGAGACCUUGGGUUUGCAGAAGGAUUUGUCAUUCAAUGAGCGUCUAGUGAAAAUACUCAAUCGAAAGGACAAAGCCCUAAGGAAUAAGACUGUUACCUUUGUGAAGGUAUUGUGGAGGAAUAGUGUUAAUGAGGAGGCAACCAAGGAAUUAGAGUUUGAUAUGCAGCAACAGUAUCUUGAGUUGUUUGAGUAA